CUUUAACGUUCUUUUAUACUUCAGUUGUAAAUAAAACGGCGUGCUCGCAAGUUUAAAAUUGAUUUCGCAAAAAUAUUUUCAGUAUAAUACAACGCCGGUGUCGUUUAUUUUUGAUUGUUCUUUUUUUUAAGUUUUAAAAACGUAUUUUUUUGUGAGGCAUCUCCUGUGUGAAAUUUAUUUUUAAACAACCAAAGAAAUUGCAGUAGAGUUUCAAGUUUUUGAUACUGACCGACAAAAAAAUGAUUUAAAAUUAUUUGACAAAAUUGCAAACGAAACAAUUGGAUUAUACUGCAACUGUACCCUUCAUUUGUCUUCACAAUAUUAAAGUUUACAACGGACGAAUUUUAUUGAUUUCUGAGUACCUUAACUUAGAACAAAAUGAAAACCGACACAGCAUCAGAUGGUGCUUACAUAAACGAAGCUCUAAAAUGUUCCUCCUUGAAUAUAUCAAACCCGAAAGAAGACGAGCCCCAUGGUGGAUUAAAAGGAUCAAACGAAUAUAUCUUAACCUCGGACGAUGAUCAACCAUUAAAACGUUUCACAUUUAACAAUUUCAAAGACUGGACGCGACGAAAGGCAAAGAGUACCCUGACAAAAAAGUUAUUGUACAAACGUCUACCAAUUUUACGAUGGUUACCACAAUACAGUGCAGAUGAUGCUGUGGGUGAUCUAGUAGCCGGUAUCACAGUCGGCCUAACCGUAAUUCCUCAGGCAUUAGCUUAUGCAGGAAUUGCUGGUGUUCCGGUUGCAUAUGGCUUGUACAGUUCCUUUAUCGGUUGUUUCAUUUAUAUUAUUCUGGGUAGCUGCAAAGACAUACCAAUGGGUCCAACGGCCAUUGCAUCAUUGUUAACGUUUCAGUCAACUGGUGGAAGUUGGCAGAAAGCGGUACUGUUGAGUUUUGUAGCUGGCAUCAUCGAAUUGCUGAUGGGAAUUUUCGGGCUUGGUUUUCUUGUGGACUUUGUUUCGGGACCAGUUGCUUCGGGCUUUACGUCAGCCGUGGCAUUGAUUAUUGUUACGUCUCAAGUCAAAGACAUACUAGGCAUUAGUGCAAAGGGUGCAACAUUCCUAGAUAUAUGGAAGUCAAUUUUCCAGGAUAUUCACAAUUUAAGAGCAUGGGACACCGUUUUGGGAGUAGUGUGCAUAGCCGUUUUGCUUAGUAUGAAGAUUUUAGCUUCAAUUAAAAUCGGUCCACAAGAAGACGACCAAAAAACCAAAUCUCAACGAAUUUUAAACAAAACAUUUUGGCUCAUCGGAACAUCCAGGAAUGCGAUUUUGGUCAUUGUGUGUGGUGUUGUUGGAUACUCAUUCAAGAAUGCUAAAAUGACGCCAUUCAAACUGAUUGGGGAAAUACCGCCCGGUUUGCCCAGUGUCCAGUUGCCACCGUUUACCAUGCAACCGGAUUCGGACGAAACGUUUUCGGAUAUGAUAUCGAGCAUGGGAUCUGGAUUGAUUGUUGUACCGUUGAUAGCGUUGAUGGAAAGCAUAGCCAUCUGUAAGGCAUUUUCCAAUGGAAAGUCUGUCGACGCAACGCAGGAACUAAUUGCAAUCGGUACAUCGAAUAUCGUCAACUCAUUUUUCCAAGGUUUUCCAAUCACCGGAUCAUUGAGUCGAGGAGCUGUGAACAAUGCUAGUGGUGUGCGAACACCCCUAGGCGGAUUGUACACAGGGCUUUUAGUUAUAUUCGCGCUUCUGUUUUUCACGCCGUACUUUGCAUUCAUUCCGAAGUCAACUCUUGCUGCUAUCAUAAUUGCUGCCGUCGUUUUUAUGGUUGAAGUCAAAGUACUUAAGCCAAUGUGGCGUAGUAAAAAAACGGAUCUUGUUCCUGGCCUGGGAGCAUUUAUCAGCUGUUUGGUACUUCGUUUGGAAAUCGGAAUCCUUGUCGGCAUUGGCAUCAAUAUGGCGUUUAUACUGUACCAUGCGGCUCGUCCGAAAAUCUCCAUCGAGACACUGGUCACCGUUAGCGGCACAAAGUAUCUGAUAAUAACGCCCGACAGAUGUCUCAUAUUCCCAUCAGUCGAUUACGUUCGCAAUUUAGUAUUGAAACAAUCACUCCGACAGAAUCUACCGGUUGUCAUCGAUUGUUCCCACAUCUACGGAGCCGAUUUUACCGCAGCCAAAGUGGUUGAAUCGUUGACAAACGAAUUUGCGGCCCGCCAACAACCAUUGUUUUACUACAAUUUAAAGCCGAGCGUUUGUGCAAUUUUUGAAGGACUAAAGCCGAUCGAUUUUGUCGUAUAUUAUCGUGAGGAUCAAUUGGAUGAUUUACUUAGAGAAAGUGCCUAUAAGCCAAAGUCAGUAUUAAAUGUUUAGUGGAAGGAAAGGACACUCUCGUACCUAAUAUUUUUGCACAGUGAAUUUGUACUCAUGAUAAUAAUUAUUGUUAUAUUGUCUGAGUGUUUUCUACUUUAAUAUAAGGAUUUUAGACAUUACCGAUUAACUUUCAAUAAUUCGUAGAAACGUAAGAAGGAUGUACUUAAUUUACUGAUAGAUGAGACAAUAAAAUGAGUUUUGUAUGUUUAUGUUUCAAGUAUGUUUUAUGAGUUUCA